AUGCUUUCUCUCAACGAGAUGUUCCACUUGGUCGGGGACAGGCUCACCCCGAAAGAGGUAGUUUGCUUGAGGAGAAAAGGACUUUCAGAUGCCGAAACAUCUUCGAGCAAAGGUACAGCAAGUUGCUCUAAUGGAACAGAUAGCGAAGUCCAAAAAUGUGAUAAUCCUAAUAAUAGCAGCAGACCCCAUCGUUCUUCUCACCAACACAGAACGGGGGCAGCUGGUUCAAGUGACCCUCAUCAACAAACGUCUUCAAGGCCCAGGGUGGCUGAUGAGACUGACCAGAGGUCAUUGAUGAAAAAAGUCAACGAUGGUUAUGAUUAUUUUCUUGCCCUAGAAAGGGCCGGUAUGGUUGAUGGAACGAACUUUGGCAAAAUACUUCAAGCCCUUGCUAUCACUGGUCGACAAGACCUUCUUCCCUACGUGACUCUACGUCGUAGGAAAACUGUUACUCCCGAUCCUGUUGAUGAAUACCUGGAAGAAACUUCUCGCAUUGGGCACAAACGAGCACAAAAUUGUGGCCAGUCUUCAACCAGCAAGACUGAUUUAACCACAGCUUGUCCUGCUACCAAAAAACAGAAAAGAUGUCGUGGUGGACGCAGAUCUCGACUUCGUUCCUCUCAAGACAAAACAACUGAUAAAACGCAGGAUUCUGAUGACAUCAAAAAGAAAGUUACUUGUGAUAUUCGAUUACGAGUGCGAGCAGAGUAUUGUCACCAUGAAAAUGUCCUUGAAGGCAAUGUCUUUUCCAACAAACCUGAGUUGUUGGAACGUCAGUUUGAAAAAUUUGCCCAGGCUAAUACAAUUCUCAAGUCCCGUGAUCUGGGUUCCAUUAUUUGUGAUAUAAAAUUCUCUGAACUCACGUAUUUGGAUGCAUUCUGGCGAGAUUACAUUAAUGGCUCUUUGCUUGAAGCUUUGAAAGGUGUCUUCAUUACAGAGUCUCUAAAACAGGCUGUUGGCCAUGAAGCAAUUAAACUGUUGGUGAAUGUUGAUGAGGAUGAUUAUGAAGCUGGGAGACUGAAGCUUCUUCAGAACUUACAGGAUUAA